CUGCAGUGAUUGGUUUACCUCGCUUGUAAGCGGCGGGGAUCCGAGAUGAAAACCUCGUGUUCCUGCCUAGCAUAGCCAGUGCCAGCAGAGGUUCUUACCCAGCCUUAAGCUUAAAACUUGACUCGGGUCGAGUAAGGAGUUCGACGAAAGAACAGGUUACAGGGACAAAGAGAGACGUUGUCCAGGAACGCGGUGCAGUCGAAGUGCACAGCUCUGCGGCAAUUUGGUAGAGUAAUACCUGUGCUUCGAAUUCGACAUAGAAGGUCAGCGAAGCGCCCACUCGUAUUUCAAACGGUAUAUAUUUGCCUGGUACCCUUCGACCUUUGAUAAUUCCAGGCAGCGAGCCUACUGCUUCGUCCCUCGCCGUGACCAUCCCUCACCGACUUAUUGACAUUUUUCGAGUCCUGACGCGACAGCAUGGGGAAUAACGUGAGCCAGCAGGCAGAAAAGCGCAAAUCGAGACGUGCGCAAACCCUCACUCCGCCUCAAAAGCCCUCGCAACGGUUCUCGACUUCUACGUUGGCAGCGUCAGUGGGAUUGAGCAAGCGUCCGCAACAGCAAACUUCUUCGGUCGCAUCAUCGCCCCCACCGACCAUUGUUGCUGUGCCGGAGCCAGAGCCACAACUGGAACCAGAACAAGUCAGCAAGCCGCCCACGCCGCCGCCGCCACCCCCAGAAAAGGAAAGCAUACCGGAGUCUGUCAUUGAGAAUCAGGACUCUUACGCUCAGGGAGCAAUUAUGCCGCCUCAAUCUGCUACCGUUCCUUGUCAGUACCGCACUGGUCGCACGCUUGGAAGCGGCACAUAUGCUAUCGUGAAGGAGGCCAUACACAUCAAGACAGGCAAAUACUAUGCUUGCAAAGUCAUUAACAAGAAACUCAUGGAAGGGAGGGAGCACAUGGUCCGCAAUGAGAUCGCUGUAUUGAAGAGGAUAUCGAGUGGUCACCCGAAUAUUGUGACACUGCAUGACUACUUCGAGACAUCACACAACCUCUACCUUUGCUUCGAUCUUUGCACUGGUGGCGAACUCUUCGAUAGCAUAUGUGCUAGGGGACAAUACACUGAGGCUGACGCGGCUGGGCUCGUCCGCACCAUAUUUCAGGCAGUUAAAUAUAUCCAUGAGUGUGGGAUCGUGCAUCGUGACCUCAAGCCGGAGAACUUACUCUUCCGGUCGAAGCCUGAGAAGACUUCGGAAAUCAUGAUAGCAGACUUCGGUCUUAGUCGAGUCAUGGCGGAGAACAAGUUGAGCAUGUUGACGGAAGUUUGUGGCACACCUGGGUACAUGGCGCCCGAGAUCUUCAAAAAGACGGGUCAUGGAAAACCUGUCGACGUCUGGGCCAUGGGCGUAAUCACGUAUUUCCUGCUUGCUGGUUACACCCCUUUCGAUCGUGACACUCAACGACAAGAGAUGGAAGCCAUCAUCGCCGGAGAUUAUAAGUUUGAGCCUGAUGAGUAUUGGUCCCUUGUCUCUGACACUGCGCGGACGUUUGUUGCUACUUGCUUGACUGUCGAUCCCGACGAACGUCCGACUGCAGCACAGAUGCUUGAGCACGAGUGGCUCACAUCUGAGGUACCUCACUUCGUCGAGAACGAGACGGGUGAGCCAAGAGACUUGUUGCCACAUGUCAGGAAGGCGUUCGAUGCAAAGAGGACAUUCCGAAAAGCCGUGCUGGGUAUGAUGGCGAUGAGGCGCAUGACAUCGCUCGUCAAUCACCUGUCACCAGAGGCGCAGAAGCUGAACGAUGAUUUGUACCAUUUCAAGCAAGAGUCUGAAAAGGAAAUGCUCGAGGAUAUAAAUGUCGUUCACCAUCACAACGCCGACGAAGAACGAUCGCUCAAGUCUCAGGACGAUAUAUCUAUUGCAAAGGGUCCAAAUGGGAAGGCGGCGGAGGGUAUCGAUGUUAGUGAGAAGCUCGCUGCUGUGAGCCUGGCUGCGAAGUCAGGUGACAACCCUAAGAGCAUUUGACCACGAACGCUAGCCUUGAUAUUGACUACAAGGAUGGAAUUACUAUGUUGAUAUACGUAGAGUUAAGACGAUGCACGCUCCUUCGUUGAUCUCUCUAUCAUGUACUUGUUAUUGAUACCUGACAUCGCACACAUUAAUCACUAUUUUUUCUGGAAAUACU